GCAGUGGCAGUGACAAUAAUACUGGCCACAACAGGUCGCAGUAACGUGCGUGAUAUUGACAUCACAGUUCUAUAGCUUUUUGUUUUCAUUGUUGGUUUGUUUCUUGCACAGAUUUAAAAACAAUAUAUUUGUUUGUUUUAAUUUGAUAUUUUAUAUAGGUACAUCGCUAUUUGCAAUGUUUAAUGAAGCUUUCCAAGCCGGUAUUUGGGCUUCAGUAGGAAGCACUUUAGGAAAAAUAUCAGGAAACGAAGUAAUCGUCGGCGACAGUUACCUAAUCUGGGGUAGCUUACUAAUAGUAAUGGUGGUGGUGAACACAUGGGGGUGCCGGCAUUACUUGCGGUCUCUUGAUGCUGCCUCCAAUUCUGUGGCUCCGACUGUUAUAUCAGCCGCUUCCAGCUAUGUUUUAUCAGGCUUGAUUGGCAUAACUAUAUUUGAUGAGGGUGCAUCAGUAAGAUGGUGGUUGGGUGCUCUUUUCAUAAUCUUGGGACUGGCGUUAGUGGCGCGGCCAAGAAGUAAGCAUAAGAGUAUUUAAUACAAUUUUAAUAAUUUAUGACUGUAAUAAUUAUAUAGACAUGAUUAAAUGUAUAAAUGUAUAAUUGUACAGUGAAAUAGCAUAAGUUUUGUUGGUAGUACAAAAUAUAGCUUUUAUACCAUAGAGUUAUAUACCUUGUAGAAUUUAUGGUUUAUUUAUACAACUGAUUUAAAACUUUCACAUUGCAUUAUACUAUGUGAUCACACUUUUUAUAUGUUAUACAGGUAUGAAACAUUAUUAUAUUGUAUUUUAUCUCGGACACAUCACCACAUGGAUCAUUGUAAAAUAAUUUGAAACAUCUGAGAUAAAAUAAAGGUAUGUUACAUGCGCAUUUAAUGCCUGUAUUAUUUAUAAAUUUCUUUAUAAAUGUAGUUUUAAGUGUCUCAGCUAAAAUAUGCCUAUUGAUAUUAUUGAUUAUGUAAUGAGUUUGUUUACUAUAAUUAUAGGUCAGUAUCCUUUUCUAUACUGAAAAUGCCAAGUCAAGCUGAUCUAAUGUUUUGAAACACAUUUUCAUUCCUUUUACAUAUCACUUUCUUGUCUUAUUUACAAUGAAUAAACUCUUUAAAGCUAGAAGUAGAUAGUAAGAAGUAAUAACAACCACUAUUCAACCUCUCAUUGUGACACGAUCGGCAACCACGCGAGCUAGGCUCACAUAUUUAUUUUGAAAAUUUAAUUAACCUGAUAGCUCUGCUUGUUUUAUUAUCCUUUGUAACUAGGAAUUUAAGUAAAUGGAUGCAUUAGAUUUUAUUUUUCAACAAAAUAAAGUAUUUAUUUGUUCCAUA